CGUUUCCCACACUCAAAAGGGGGAAGAAAACAAUUGACAACAGACAUACGCCCGAGCGAGUCCGCUGGUUCCUGGUUCGUUCGUGCUGCUGCUUCGAGAGUGCUGACUGGACGACAGGCGAUUCUUUGGCGAGCCAUUCCCGCAGCUGCAGAGUGGGCGACUAACACAGGUGCACGGCCGGCCAGCACGCACGCACUUUCGAGAUGUGUUCCCUGCCCCGGCGCAUCAUCAAGGAGACGCAGCGGCUGAUGCAGGAGCCCGUGCCUGGGAUCAGCGCCGUCCCGGACGACAACAACGCACGCUACUUCCACGUGAUCGUGACUGGACCGGAGGACUCGCCGUUCGAGGGCGGCCUCUUCAAGCUGGAGCUUUUCCUGCCCGAGGACUAUCCGAUGUCUGCGCCCAAGGUGCGUUUCAUCACCAAGAUCUAUCACCCGAACAUCGACCGCCUCGGACGUAUCUGCCUGGAUAUCCUCAAGGACAAGUGGAGUCCUGCCCUGCAGAUCCGCACGGUGCUGCUGUCCAUCCAGGCGCUGCUGAGCGCGCCCAAUCCGGACGACCCGUUGGCCAACGACGUGGCCGAGCUGUGGAAGGUCAACGAGGCCGAGGCCAUCCGCAACGCCAAGGAGUGGACACGCAGAUACGCCAUGGACAAUUAGACGCUGCUGCUCUGUGUUGAAACGUCGAUCGAUUUGUUUUUCACAUUAUUGUUCUCAAUUACGUACGUACGUCAGUUAAACCGGGGGCCCGCGCCGGGCCCACUCGGGGCCGAGGCCCUUUUUGAAAAUAAUGUUACGCGCGAUGGAUUCAUGCAAGGCCUUUCGUCCGGCCCGCCGCCGCCGCGGCCGGACGCACCCCCUCUCGCGCUCCCCGAUUUCGCCGGGAGUCGCGUCGAAUUAUCACAAUACUGAUUAAUUAUUAUUGCUGCAUUCAACCCGAGUAAACAAUCCACUGAUCGAUCGAUUCUGUUAUUUAAUUCGAAUAAUAUGCUAGCGUGUAAUGAUGAUAAUAAUUUUAAUGGCUUCUGAUGGAUACGAAAAAAAUUCUUACGUAUUUUUGCACGAGUGGACUGAGUGGCGCUGUCCAACUGCUGGCAUGGACGGCUCGCGCGCUUGAAUUCCCUUUCUUUUUCUUUUCAGUAGUUUUUUGCCUUUAACGUUUCUCAACUUUGCUUUCCUCAGAACGCUAACACACAAUAUUACGCAAAUAUCAAGUAGGAUUACGACGAGAACUGUGUAAAACGUAGCCGUUACUCUCAUUAUUUUUGUGAAACCAGUGCAGUAGCCCUCUCGUCUCCUGCGAGAUGUAGUGUGCUUGCUGACAGACCACGCACGCUUUGGCACCCAGUGCCAACAGUCUUUGCCGCGAGUCGUUGGCGGCCGAAGCGAGCGAGCGAGUGAGUGCGUGAUUGUAAGUUGGUAAACGUAAUUGCAAAGGGGAAACUCGAUUCAAGCUGAUUAGCCACAUCCCUCGGUUAUGUAUUAUUUUCUCUAUCUUGUGCUGAAAAAUAAAAAGUCCCAAAGAGCA